AUGGAUUCGAGUGUGCCCAUGAUAUUGCCCAAGGGCAUUGUCAUUAACACGAAAAACAUCUACAAAGAAGUCGCCGACUUUCCCGUUGUCCCCCCUGACAAGGUCUGGGAGUAUUGGCAUGUAUAUACCACAACAUACAAGAAACUCAAGGACCCUACAGCUUGCCGACUCGAGAACUUUUGGUGGCAUGUCUGGGGAAGCGACCGAAGGUUUCUCAAGGGCAGCGCUCUGGCCAAGCUUUAUGAGGAUAUCUCUCUUGGACCGACUUUCGUCCCUCUCAAGGGGCCCCCGAAUCGAUGGGAGGGCCCUGAUAUACCACCCCUGAUCAAACAGAUUCUGGAAGCAGCCCAAGCAGAGGCAACACCCCCACUGCCACUCCCACAGCCCCAGGGGUCCCGCCAUUCAAAAUCCACCGACUCAGCGUUGAGGACGCUAUCUUCCAGCGCGUCAAAGCCGCCACCUGCCCAUCCGAUCCUGAAAAAAGCCCGAGGCCCAUCAUCGUCAGGGCCGCGGCCCACUGCCCGCUUUGUGUCACCCCAUGAAUCUGCCGAUGAAGAUGAGAUCCCCUCUUCGGGGAGCACAGCCGCCACGGCUUCGGAGGCACCCGUAUAUGUAGUCUCUUCACCGAAGAAGAAGACUUCCAUUCCCCCGGCCCAGAAGCUCGCUUCUUCGUUGGCUGCCGUAAACAGAAAGACGGUGCCGCCAAAGAGACUAACAGCAACCUCCGUGGAGUCUAGCAGUCGAGAAGGGGGCUCUGGUUCCUCAAAUGGGAUACGGCAUGCACCAGUUCCGCGGCCCGUACCUUCGAAUGUUAACACAGGCCUGGAACAUGACCACCCGGCUUCAGGAGAUAGCCACGGGGUGUCCCAUGAGCAUCCCGUGAUGAGCGAGAAAGCACGUGGAAAGCAGCCAAUGGUGCCCGUUCGGCCGGUUUCCUACAGAAAUGAGGUCUCCAAGGAAAAUGUGCGGUCGUCACCGCCAAACGACCGACCGCGAAGUAUCCACCGUGAGAAAGGUGUGCUCCCACAGGCCCGAUCGCUCAUCAACCUCGCCAGCCAUGGGUCACGUAGGGGAUCUGGGGCUUCCUCAAAGUCAAAUUUUGGCGUUGGGUCUCCUGAAAGCGACAAAUCCAGCAGCAAUUUAGCUCCCUCGAUGUCCCGGUCUCAUUCUCACGGCGGUUAUGACCAACCCAAACCUCAGCACAACCUUCGAGCACCGGGUCUCUUUACCGAGGCUACCUCAUCAACGUCAAACGUUGCCGUCACGGGCAUGAUUCUUGAUCAGUCCGGAUUUGGAUCGUCACCCGUGACUGGAUUCGUGGACCACAGACCGCCUCAACACCACACGAUCCCCGUUGUGCCACCCAAACCGUCGGUGCUCGACGCCCGAUUUACACCAACCCAGCCUACGACAUCGGCUAGUCUUCCCCUGGGACGCACAAAAAGCCAGCUGACGCUCCUUUUGGAGCGUGAAAAGGCUCGAAGUGGUGGCAACAAGCCGAGAUCCAAAAGCUAG